CUCUGUCACACGCGCGCGCUCUGUCUCUCCCCGGCCUUUCGCCUUCGGUGGUUCUGCGCGGCGCCGUGAGGAUUUUCGAUUCGGGAAGGAAGGAAGGAAGGAAGGAAGGAAGGAAGCGAGAGGGACGUACGUUUGCUUUGGUUUUGGUUGCUCGGCGGUGAUCGGACGUCGUCGGAGAUGAGCUGCAACGGUUGCCGGGUCCUGCGAAAGGGUUGCAGCGAGAGCUGCGUGCUGAGGUCGUGCCUCCGGUGGAUCCCGUCCCCCGAGGCCCAGGGCAACGCCACCCUCUUCCUCGCCCGCUUCUUCGGCCGCAGCGACCUCCUCUCCCUCGUCGCCGCCGUCCCCGAUUCUCAGCGCUCCGCUCUGUUUCAAAGCCUGCUGUUCGAGGCGUGCGGGCGGACGGUGAACCCGGUCAGCGGGGCGGUGGGGCUGCUCUCGAGCGGCAACUGGCACGUGUGCGAGGCGGCGGUGGAGACGGUGCUCGACGGCGGCGUCGUCCAGCCCCUCGGCGGCGGCGGCGCCGCCGUCCUGGCCUUCGGGCUCGACCAGUCGGCCGACUCGCCGUUCCUUCCCAGCACCACGUGCAGGGGGCAGAGCCUGCGGCAGUCCCUGCAGGUGCCGGCGUCGAUCCAGGUGGACGUCAACCUCCCCCUCUACGACCCGAACCUCAGCCUCAAGGCGAAAUUGCCCGGGAAGAGACGCGGCAAGAGGAGCCAAUUCGUGGAGAAUUGGCCGGCCAGGAUGACGGCGGCCACGGCCGCGGCGGCGGCGGCGGCGAUGACGACCCUCGUGAGCUCCGACGCGUCGGAGGUGAUCGACCCCUCCGGGAACGGUUACGAUCACGGCGUGGGCAACGGCGUUCAAGAGAUGAAGCUCCUGAACCUCUUCGUAUGAGAGAGCAGAGCAUUGAUUUUGGGGACGAUUUUGGCAUUUUCCUCUUUUUUUCUUUUUUUCUUUUUUUUUUGUGGGGGGAUAAGCCGGCGGUGUACAAGUGAAGUAAAUGAAUGAUGAGGGACCAGCGACCGGCCGGAAUUUUGCUCCGGCGGGGUUUUUGGUACAAUGGUAUUAGAGACUUAGAUAAGACAGAAAGAACCUUAAACGGGGAGAAUCUUACAUGUAAUGUCUUUUUGAUUUAAUGUAAGAUGAUUUAGUACUA